AUGGCUUCCGGAGCCGAAAAGUGGCAAAGAAACAAGUCUCAAUUGUUCUCAAUAACAGCUGCGCAGAGUGGACUCAGUCAACUUCAACCGGAUCGGAUCGAGCGAAUGCCGAGUUUGUUUAUGAAUGGAGUGGCGGCUGAGAACCUUGCCUACCAAUCGCCAGAGUUGAAAACAAACUCCCGCUCGUUUCGACGUUCUCUUCUCGGUGGACUCUUUAGACGAGAUCACGUAAGUCACUUUGGUGACGUUAAUGUCUGGAAAAGAAGGGUGUUCACUCGAUUUGAGCCUUUUUUUGAACCUUUCUAUCUUUAA